AUGGCGCACAAUGCACAUGACGACACACCUGUCUCUUCACAGGACAAGGUUGCUGUCCAGCAGAUGGAACAUGUCUUGAAUACUGACGAUCCCGCAUUCAUGAAGCAGCCCAUUGAUAUCGAGAAGGUGGACGAGUUCGGCGCUCAUACAAAGACGGACCCUAGGGAAAUUGCGCUGGUGAAGAAGAUUGACUGGUACAUCCCGCCAAUCCUCUGGAUGAUAAACCAGUGCAAUGAUCAAUGGAAAUUAAACGGCUUGGAUAAGGAUCUUGGCCUGAAAGGCACGCAGUACAACACCUGCGUUUCCAUCCUUUUCGUCGGAUACCUUUGCGGGCAAGUACCCUCCAACAUGAUCCUCAACCGAGUUCGUCCUUCCUAUUACAUGGCUGGCUUCCUGAUGGCUUGGUCAGUCGUCAGUCUGUUAACCUACAAGUGCCACAACUUCGGAACAAUGCUGCCCUGCCGCUUUCUGCUCGGAAUCACGGAAGCACCCUUCUAUCCCGGUGCACUCUAUAUGCUUAGCAUUUUUUACACCAGAAAGGAGGUCUCAACCCGCAUGGCGGUCUUCUACACCGGCAACAUGGCUGCCAGUGCUUUCUCUGGGAUUAUUGCAGCUCCCAUAUUCUCGGGAAUGGACGGCGUCCAGGGUCUCUCUGGCUGGCAGUGGCUCUUCAUCAUUCAAGGUGCCAUCUCCAUCGUCGUAGCUAUCUUCGCCUUCUUUCUCCUACCCGAUAGCCCCCUCAAGACACGCUGGUUGACCGAGGAGGAGCGCCGGCUCGCGCACACCCGGGUCUUUAAAGACACCACAGACCGUCGCGAGGGUACUAGUGUCUGGACCGGUCUCCGUGAGGCCUGCACGGACUGGCGCACAUGGGUAUUCUGUCUCAUGGAUAACCUGAAUCUCUCCGCGAACGGAUUCAAGAACUUUUUACCUACCGUUGUCGAAACGCUUGGAUACAAUACCACUGUCACUAUUGUGCUGACCUGCCCGCCAUACGUCUUCUCUGCAUUCUUCUCUGUCUUGGUUCCCUGGUCAUCCGGAAAGUACAAUGAGCGCACGUGGUACAUUACGAUUAGCAAGCUCGUUGUUUGCAUCGGCUUUGUUAUGGGAGUCUCGUCCCUCAACAUGGGCGUUCGUUACACUGGUACUAUGCUAUUUGUUGGAGCUACAUACGGUGUAAAUAACUUGAUCCUCGGCUGGACCUCAUCUGUUCUCGGACAAACCGAUGAAAAGAAGGCAGUGGCAAUCGCCAUGGCUAACACUCUUGGAAACGCGGCCAGCAUCUACACCCCCUAUCUCUGGCCAGAUUCUGUCUCCCCUCGGUUCUUGACUGCCAUGCUUGCUAGCAUCGGGUUCUCUGUCGGAGUCGUCAUCUGUGCCUGGGGAAUGAGGUGGGCCUUGAUGCGUACCAAUCGCAAGAAGAGAGAGGCCGACCCCAAUGCCUCUAACUUUUAUGUCUAA